AUGGCAGACUACAAACCUGUGAAGAUUCCUAUGACUUUGGAAGUGAAAUUGUCUACUAAUCAAUACCCUAAGUCUAAGGAAGAUGUUGAAGAAAUGACAUAUGUGACGUAUGCUAGUGCUAUGGGUAGUUUGAUGUUUGUCGUGGUGUGCACGAAACCUGAUAUUGCACAAGCAGUGGAAGUUUUAAGUCGAUUUAUGUCAAAUCUUGGCAAAGAGCAUUGGAGUGCUGUAAAGAGGGUUCUUAGAUAUCUGUGUGGAACCUCUGGUUUAGCAUUAUGUUAUGGGGGCAUGGCAACUAGGGAUGAGCUAGAUGUGAUAGGUUUUGUGGACGCUGAUUGGGGAGGUGAUCUUGAUAGUAGGCGUUCUACAAGUGGGUAUUUAUUCACUCUAUUUGGUGCUUCUAUUUGUUGGAUGAGUAAAAGGCAAAGUACUGUAGCUUUGUCAUUGACUGAGGCAGAAUACAUGGCAUUGACAUAUGCUGGCAAGCUAUGUGGCUUCGAAGAUUGA